UUGAUUUCCGGUAUUUAGCGCUUGGAUUUUCAGGUUCCACGAAGUGUUCGUUAUGUGUGUGUGUGUGCGUGUAUGAGUGAGAGUGAGAGUGAGAGUGUGAGUGAGAGUUUGUAGUGCGCUUGUAGUGCGCUUGUAACCGUUCCCAGCUCGGAUACUGUCACCGCCUUGCACCGCAGGCAGGCACCGUGUUCCUACAUGCAAGUUACCGUCGCGGCACCACAAUCGUUGGCCAGCAAUGACCGAAAACCCCGCGACCAAGCCAGCCAACGGGGACGUGUGUCAGCGUGUGAAGAACGGACUGAAACCGCAGAGAAACGGCUUGCUGAAGAGCCUCCACCGCUGCCAUGAGCGGCAGCCCAAGCACCACUGCCACCCCGAAGAGGAGGAGGAGGAGGAGUUCCAUGCAGCAUCACAUCAUGGCAGCCUGUAUAACCGGUCCUUCAUCGAGUCUUUUGAGGAGACGCCCAUGCUGGUGGCAGUGCUUACCUACAUGGGCUACGGCAUCCUGACCAUCUUCGGCUACCUCCGCGACUUCCUACGACACUGGAAGAUCGAGAGGUGCCACAUCGCCAGGGAGAAGGAGGAACAGAAGGACUUUGUGCCCCUCUACCAGGAUUUUGAGAACUUUUACACCAGAAACCUCUACAUGCGUAUAAGAGACAACUGGAACAGGCCUAUAUGCAGCGUCCCGGGGGCCAAAGUGGACCUGAUGGAGCGAGCCUCCCGUGACUACAACUGGACUUUUGAGUACACAGGUCGGGUAGUGCAGGAUGUGAUUAACUUGGGCUCAUAUAAUUACCUCGGCUUUGCUGAGAACACUGGUCCAUGUGCUGACUCUGCAGCAGAGGUCACUAUCAAGUAUGGCGUCGGAGUUGCGAGCACCAGGCAGGAGAUUGGUAACCUGGACAGACAUGAGGAAAUGGAGAAACUGGUGGCUAAGUUCCUAGGUGUUGAGUCAGCCAUGGCGUUUGGGAUGGGGUUUGCAACAAACUCCAUGAACAUACCAGCACUGGCUGGCAAGGGCUGUCUGAUUCUGAGUGAUGAGCUGAACCAUGCCUCUCUGGUCCUGGGAGCCAGACUCUCCGGUUCCACCAUCAGAGUCUUCAAACACAACAACAUGCAGAGCCUAGAGAAACUGCUGAGAGAAGCCAUAGUUCACGGGCAGCCCAGGACUCACAGACCGUGGAUGAAGAUCCUCAUAGUGGUAGAGGGCAUUUACAGCAUGGAGGGCAGUAUAGUGCGCCUGCCAGAAGUGAUUGCCCUGAAGAAGCGCUACCGGGCCUACCUUUACCUAGACGAGGCCCACAGCAUAGGGGCCCUCGGGUCGAGAGGGAGAGGUGUGGUCGAUUACUUCGGCCUAGACCCCUGUGAUGUGGAUGUCAUGAUGGGUACAUUUACCAAGAGCUUCGGCGCCGCGGGGGGAUACAUCGCAGGGAAAAUGGAGCUUAUUGAGUACCUGCGCUCCCAUUCCCACAGUGCGGUCUACGCCACCUCCAUGUCUCCUCCUGUGGUGGAGCAAAUCAUCACUUCUAUGAAGUGCAUUAUGGGAGAGGAUGGCACAACGAUCGGCCGUAAACGCGUGCGACAGCUGGCAGAGAACACAGUCUAUUUCCGCAAGAGGCUUCGAGAAAUGGGCUUCAUCAUCUACGGCAACAUGGACUCGCCUGUCGUACCCAUGAUGCUCUACAUGCCCGCCAAGAUAGGAGCGUUUGGCAGGGAGAUGUUGAAGAGGAACAUCGGGGUGGUGGUUGUAGGCUUCCCAGCUACACCUAUCAUCGAGUCCCGGGCGCGCUUCUGCAUCUCAGCCGCCCACACUAAAGACAUGCUCGACAGGGCGCUGAGCGUCAUCAGCGAGGUAGGAGACCUUCUUCAGCUCAAGUAUUCCAGACACAGAAUACAGCCGUCUUUGGCGCGGCCCUUUGACAAUAAUAUGUAUGAGGACAUUGACGACUGAUGAACCGCUCCUCUCCUGAAGUGGCGUGAACCUGAACAACCCCAGAAAAUACAGAACGGGUCAAGAUGGAUCACAAGUCUUCCACAAGGACCAAGAUGUGCACAGGUGCCCCUUGUCACUAGCUUGCCAUAAUGUAACCCCCCUCAACAAAAGGAAAAACACUUAAAACUAUUCUCUAAUUGUAGUUUGCCUUACCUAAACUGCUGAACUUGCAGUGAACACACUGAAAAACAGCACCUCUGCUUUUUCCUGUGUGCUUUUAUUACAUUUUGUUUAUCAUUUCGGGUCUAAGAAUUUUCUUUAUUGACUUCUAAGUGUGUAUGUCUGCAGUGCUCGUAGCAGUCGUCGUGUUAAGCCUUGUGUACGUGAAGUGGACAAAUGUCAACUUUCCAAAUGUCUUUGAAAUUGUGAGCUGCUGGGUUGUUUUUUUCAAAUAAGGAUCUAAAGUGAACUUUAAUGGGGUAAAGUUUUUUAGCACUUGUAAAAAAAAAAAAAAAAA